AUGGCUACUAUGUUUAACAUCUUGAGGAAAAAUCGCAAAGCCAAGCUUGAAAAUCUAAUGUUAAACAGGAAGUCGUUUGCAAAAACUGUGGAAAAUUUAUUUGCUCUAUCAUUUCUUAUAAAAGAUGGACGUGCUGAGAUUUCAGAGGAUGAGACAACAUCUACCCCGAAGAAUGCUCCUAGUGCUGAUGCAAUUCAAUCUGGCGAGUCUGCUUAUAGUCAUUUUAUACUCAGAUACGACUUUAACGACUGGAAGGAACUAAUGCCACAUAGAGCCGAGGUGAAUGAAGCAGAACUAGAGUUUGAUGGACCACAAGUUGCACAGCCUUCAACUCAUAUAAGGAAAUUGUGUAGGAACCGAGGUUUAGUUAUGCGGGAGCAGACUGUCGUGGAAGUUUCACCUGAAAGUGAUGGUAAUAAAGCUACUGAUAGGGCCUCUGCCAUUCGUAGAGGGAAGCGAAAACUAUUAUGA